AUGAAGAAAAUAUUAAUCAUUUUUGUAAUUUUAAAUUCAAGUUAUUGUCAAGAAUUAAGUUGUAUUUACAUAAAUGAUAGCAUUAAUAAUUACAGUUGUAAUCUUACAAUUCAAAAUCCAUAUGGACUGAAUAAUUUCACAGAUAUAAGUGGGAAACAUUUGUCUAGGAUGACAAACGAUAAUGUUCAAACUAUUUUAUCAGUUCCUGGAUCUUACUCUUCUAACAUUCCAUCAAUAAUUUGUGAUACAUUCAAAAAUUUAAUUAGGAUUCAACUUAGUGACGUAGGAAUUGAAAAUAUUGACGAAAAUUCAUUCAAAAAUUGUGAAAAUCUAGCAAUUUUAAAUUUGCAAUCUAAUAAAAUUUCAAAAAUUGAUGAAAAAUCAUUUAUUCACAAUUCUGAGUUAACAACUUUAAUUCUUAAUGAAAAUCAACUAUCAACGUUAUCUGAAAAUAUCUUCUUAAAUCUACAAAAGCUUAAUAUAUUGAACUUUGAUAUAAAUAACUUAACUGACUUCCCAAAAAGUCUUUUUAAUUCGUUAAAAAAUUUAACUUACUUAAAUUUAAGUCGAAAUCAAUUAAAAACACUAAAAGUUGAAUGGUUUGAAGAUCUUCCGAGUUUAGAAACUUUAUUCAUGUUUAUGAUUCAGAUUGAUGAACUUCCUGAUAACAUUUUUAAUUCAUUAUCAAAUGUAAUGCAGAUAGAAUUGCAAUAUAACAAUUUGACAGUCAUAAAACAUGAAUCUUUUGGUAUUUCGCCAAAUUUAACUGAUGUGAAUUUUUCUUUUAAUCAAAUCAAUGCAAUUGAUGAAGGAUUCAUUAACAAGAUUCCUAUAAAGAAUUUAAAUAUGAUGAAUAACAAUUGUUCAAACGAAUUAAUUAGUGAUUAUACAGCCACAAAAGAAACAAUGAGAACAAAACUAAAUAAUUGUUUAGAAAAUUAUGAAAUAAAGAUUUUAGAAACAACAACUUUAAUCAACGAGCUAUCAACUACAACAGCUCCAGCAUGUACUAAAGGAAAUAUAGAUGAAAGAAUCUGUAAACUUGAGGAUCUAAUUAAUAAAAUGCAAGAUAAUAUGGACAAUCUUCGUGAAGAAAAGGAAGGAAUGCAGGACAAUAUCAUUGACCUAAGCAGGCAAAAUGAGAAAAUUAACGAAGAACUUAAGGAUCAAAAGUCAAUAGUAGCUGAAAUACAAGAAGAAAACCAACAACUUCGAUCAACAACUGAGAAGCUACAAGAGAAACUAGAAAAUCAAUCUCAAUUCUUUACAACUUCUCUUAAGGAGCUAGAGAAUAAAAUCUUGAUCUUCUCAACUCGUCCUUUUACUUGUUAGGUUAUGAAGCUUCAUAAUGUUGAAGAUAAUUCAUUAUUUAUAUUAAUUCUAAACUAGUUUAAGCUAUUUGCAUUGUGUAAUCUUAACAUCCAUACUGAUAACCUUAAAAAUUGACAUUUCCGACAUCUUUGCUCAGACGAGCCAUUACAAACAACACUAAAUAAUCCAUCCUAAUCCCAAAUCAGCAAUAAACUAAUUGAUUUAUAACCGAAAAAAACGACUCAGACUUCAAACUAGCCUACAUUCAGUCUCCAAUAUAAUUUAUGACUUCCACUCACUUAAGCGUGAAUUUAUGUUCAUUUUUCAUGUCUAAUGUUGUGAAUAUGCUGUAAAUUUAGACUUCAAAAUAAAUUUUUU